AUGUUUCAACCUUUAGUUGUCCGCUAUCAUGAUUUAGAUAGGGGUUUCCAAGCAAUUUCUCAUUUAUUAAACAAUAGAAUAAAACGUAGUUCUUGGUUUGGGGGCGUUGGCAUAGCCCUUAAACACAUUAUUGGUACUUUAGAUGAAGACGAUGCGUUCCUCCGAGAUUUCCUGGAGAACACAGUUGCUCAAAACUACACAGUUGAAUGGAAGCGAUCAGCUUUCUUCCGAUUCGUUGAGCACUUCGCGAGCGACGCGAUGUCCCAAGAGCUUAAAGCAAAAGUUCUGCAAAUGAUAUUGAUUCCGUGUUUCGCUGUUAGUUUUGAGAAAGGCCAGAAGAUUGUGGGAGGCCCACCCGCGCCAUACCAGGAUAAUCCGGAUAACGUGGUAUCGGUGUUUAUCAAUAAUGUGAUUGAUCCAGAAAAUCCAUUCGCAUGUUCAGACGCAGUGCGUAUUUCGUUACUCCAAUUUGCAUGUUUGUUGCUCGAACAAGCGUCGGCGCACAUUCACGACGCGAAUAAUAAGAAACAAGGCAACAAACUGCGAAGGCUAAUGACAUUCGCUUGGCCAUGUUUAUUGGGCAAAAACUACGUCGAUCCUGCGACUAGGUACCACGGUCAUUUGUUACUAAGUCACAUUAUUGCUAAGUUCGCAAUCCACAAGAGAAUCGUGCUGCAAGUCUUCCACAGCCUUUUGAAGGCCCACGCAGUGGAAGCGCGUGGGGUCGUACGCGCAGCGCUGGAAAUCCUAACUCCAGCAAUGCCCCAACGUAUGGAAGAUGGCAACACGAUGCUCACUCACUGGACCAAGAAGAUCAUUGUUGAAGAUGGACAUUCAGUGCAGCAGCUCUUCCAUAUUCUGCAGCUGGUUGUUAGGCAUUAUAAGGUUUAUUACCCGGUUCGACACGCGCUAGUAGGUCAUAUGGUGGCAGCAAUGCAGCGACUAGGUCUCUCUGGCACCGCUUCAUUGGAACACCGCCGACUAGCAGUUGACUUAGCAGAGGUAGCCCUCAAGUGGGAACUGCAGAGGAUACGCGACUAUACUCCCGAUGAGGCUGUUGCUGGAACAUCAACUAGUGGGGCAAUCAAGCGCAUAUCCUCGGAGGACAGUAGUAGCGAUGCUCGAAAAGCCCUAAAUACGGGUUGGGCCAGUCCGCAGGCCGCUAGUUCCCGAGAGCCGGACGCCGCGAAACCCUUAGAGAGACAACAUGUUGAUGUUGUAGUCAAUCUAUUAUUGAGACUUGCUUGCCAGGUUAACGAGGCUGUGGGCGGGGCCUCGGUGGCAGGGGGCGCGGCUACUACAGCAGCAGCCAAUAGCAGUGCGGCAGUUGGAGUGGGCGGAUCCCCCGCCGAGCAACUAUCACGGCGGUGUGUUUUAUUGCUGAAGGCCGCGCUCAAGCCUGACGUCUGGCCACAUCUAUGUGAACCGAAACUCGCCUGGUUGGAUAAGGUUUUCUCAACAGCAGAGAGUAACGCCAACGCGAGCACGGGCCUUGAACUCCUAGUAUUCCUGUUGGGAGUUCUACGACGCGAUCAAAUUCUUGCAGCUCUGAAGCCGCUACACCGCGGUCUAUCGGCGUGUGUGGCGUCCACUAAUCCCAAGAUAGUUCGACUAACACACAAUUUGUUGGCUAAGCUUACUGCGCUGUUUCCCACCGAACCCUCUGGUGCUGCCCAGGCUUCUAAGUACGAAGAAUUGGAGACAUUGUACGCGUGCGUGAGCAAGUACGCGUUCGAAGGACUGGCGACGUAUGAAAAAUCCGCGCCCGGAACUGGCGCUAAUUCGCUCUUGGGGCCUUUAAUGAUGUUGAAGGCAUGUUGCACUUCGAGUCCGGGCUACGUGGACAGACUAUUGCUGCCUCUAAUGCGGGUUUUGCAGAGAAUGGCCCGAGACCAUGUCGCACCGAAUCCUGAUAACGCUACUUCGGAUUUACUUAUUUUAGCAUUGGACUUACUGAAAGCAAGGGUGUCAGUGAUGCCAGUCGAAACAAGGAAGACAUUCAUCGGAACGAUUCUCGUCGGGUUGAUAGAGAAAACGAGUGACGCAAAGGUAAUGAAAGCCAUUACCCGUAUGGUCGAAGAAUGGGUAAAGAAUCGUGGUACUGCAAGUACAACGGCUCUGGCGGCGCCAUCUCUCAGAGAAAAGUCCAUUCUUCUUGUGAAGUUAAUGCAAUAUGUGGAGAAACGGUUUCCGGAUGAUCUGGAAUUGAACGCUCACUUCUUGGAUCUUGUCAACUAUGUUUAUAGGGACGAACAACUGAAAGUAACAGAACUAUCGAUGAAGCUAGAGCCAGCUUUCCUGGCGGGUCUACGUUGCACGCAGCCGAACAUACGUGCCAAGUUCUUUGAAGUGUACGACGCGAGCGUUAAGAAGAAACUAUUUGAUCGUAUUCUUUACAUCAUUUGCUCUCAGAACUGGGAACAUAUUGGACAACAUUUCUGGAUAAAACAGUGUUUAGAGUUGCUGCUUGUCACAUGCGUUUCGACUACCCAAAUUCGACUGUCUAACACAAAAUACCUUUUGCCCAAUAUCACUGCGGUGAUAAACUGGGCAGAUAGCGAAGAGCGAAAGUCUUUCGCGAUCUUUAGCAACGUGAAAGAAGAGUCGUCCGAUGGAUUCAGUGACUCCCUUGACCCUGACAAGGAAGACGUCUUAGAUAUGGACUUGGACUCCAAUUCUACACAAAAGGAAGAUUUGACUAAAAAUGUUCCUAAUAGGCAGCGAACACUUAAUCAAAUAAUAGCAAAGCAAUCCGAGUUCCUUGAAUUGGCUCGGCGCGUGCGCACAGAACAGUUAGUAGCCGCGGCUGCGCAGCUUUGUCAUAUGGACGAAACACUCGCACACUACACUUGGUUGAGGCUGUUUCCCAAGCUCUGGACCACUUUUGAUGAAAGGCAACUCCCGACUAUUAUGAAUGAAAUAGUUCCAUUCAUAAUUUCGGGAGUCCACGUUAUUCAACCGCACCUGCCAAUAAGCGCUUUACACACGUUUAUUGAAGCAUUGGCGCGGUGUAACCCACCAAUCUCUAUCAAACCUCCAAUGAUGAAAUAUCUCGGAAAAACUCACAAUUUAUGGCACCGGAUGACUCUGAAUCUCGAGCAAAUGGCCAUCGAUCAAGCGGCUGGAAAGUCGAGUCGGGAUGCGCUUGAAAUCUACGAUUACGAUGUAGAAACCACAACACCAUCUGAAAUAAUGGAGUCUUUGAGUGACAUGUACGAGCUUCUUCAAGAGGAAGACAUGUGGUCCGGACUAUGGCAGAAACACGCGCGGUAUCGCGAGACAAACGUCGCCAUCGCGUAUGAACAACAAGGAUUCUUUGAACAAGCACAGGCAGCAUAUGACGUAGCGAUGGCCAAAUUGAAGCAGGAGUAUUCGGCGAAUCCAUCAUCAUAUAAUAUGCAUAAAGAGUGCAAUCUAUGGACUCAGCAUUGGAUAAAGUGUGCCAAAGAAUUGAACCAGUGGGACUCGUUACUUGAGCUCGGAUUAACGAGAAAUGUACGAGACCCCUUCUUGAUUCUGGAAAGUUCUUGGAGGAAUCCAAAUUGGCCCACUAUGAAAGAAGCGCUUGCUGAAGUGGAAUAUAAUUGUCCCAAAGAAUUAGGUUGGGUGGUAAACCUCUACCGUGGUUACCUAUGCAUCUGUGCGCAUGGCGAACAGCAAUUAGGCGGUGUAGAGAGACACGCUGAAGCGGCGGCAGCACAAUGUCUGCGAGAGUGGCGCCGCCUGCCUAAGCUGGUUUCACACGCUCAUCUGCCGCUAUUGAGAGCUGCCCAACAGUUAAUGGAGCUUAGCGAGGCUGCUCAAAUUCAUACAGGCCUAGUACACAGCCGUCCAACAUCGCUACACGAUAUGAAAGCAAUUGUGAAGACAUGGCGCAACCGCUUGCCCGUGGUGGCCGACCCAUUAUCCCACUGGGGCGCCAUUUUCACCUGGAGACAGCACCACUACCAGUUCAUCGCAUCUCAUUACGACUCGCAAGCCGAUCAUGCCUCCAACCAUAGUAUGUUGGGAGUACAUGCUAGUGCCCAGGCCAUAAUACACUUUGCGAAAAUAGCGAGAAAGCACAACCUAUCUGGUGUAUGUCUAGACUCACUUCACCGCAUCUACACCAUCCCUAGCGUCCCCAUAGUGGAUUGCUUCCAAAAGAUCAGGCAACAGGUCAAGUGCCACAUACAAAUGUCGUGGACCGAAGGAAAGGACGAAUUGCAGGAGGGUUUGGAUAUGAUUGAGUCUACAAACUUCAAGUACUUCACGAAGGAGAUGACGGCCGAGUUUUACGCCUUCAAAGGCCUUUUACUCGCACAAUUGGGACGUUCCGAGGACGCGAAUAAGGCGUUCGCGGCCGCGGUUCAACUUCACGAUACAUUGGUUAAGGCAUGGGCUCUUUGGGGAGAUUACUUAGAGCAGAUAUUCAUAAGAGACCCGAGGCAGGUGCAAGUUGGUGUGUCUGCUAUGACGUGCUUCCUACACGCGUGCAGACAUCAAAAUGAAUCGAAAUCACGAAAGUAUUGUGCGAAGGUGCUAUGGAUGCUAAGUUUUGACGACGAUAAGAACAGUUUAGCUGAAGCAUUAGACAAGUACAGCGUGGGCGUUCCACCCGUACAAUGGUUGCCAUGGAUACCGCAAUUGCUGUCUUGCCUAGUGCAAUACGAUAGCAACGUUAUACUCAAUCUCCUAAGUCAUGUGGGUCGCCUGUACCCUCAAGCAGUGUACUUCCCCAUCCGCACAUUGUACCUUACUUUGAAGAUAGAACAACGUGAGAGACACAAGACGGCUGAGCAGUCGGCAAAUCUGCCAUCUACUUCUGUGACAAAAACUGGCGAGGGCAGUUCGUCCGGUGCGUCGAGCGUGUCGGACGCGGGCCCGAUCAAGGCGACGCUGCCGAUGUGGCGCUGCUCCAAGAUCAUGCAACUGCAGCGAGAGAUACAUCCCACCGUGCUCUCGUCGCUCGAGGGCAUUGUGGAUCAGAUGGUAUGGUUCCGCGAGAACUGGUACGAGGAGGUGCUGCGUCAGCUGCGCGCGGGUCUAGCCAAGUGCUACGUCGUCGCUUUCCACCACCGAGCGGCCGUAGGGGUGGCCACCGUCACGCCCCACACUCUCAACUUCAUCAAGAAGGUCGUCUCCACCUUCGGCAUCGGAGUCGGCAUGAAAAGUGUUUCAAGUUCUGUAAGUGGUGCAUUCUCUUCAGCUGCAUCGGAGAGUCUCGCCAGGCGGGCGCAGGCCACGGUGCAGGACCCCGUCUUCCACAAGAUGAAGACUCAGUUCACGGCUGACUUUGACUUCUCCCAGCCCAACGCUAUGAAGCUACAGAAUCUCAUACAAAAGCUCAGAAAGUGGGUCAAGAUUCUCGAGGCCAAAACCAAGGUUCUGCCCAAGUCGUUCUUAAUCGAAGAGAAGUGUAGGUUCCUAUCCAACUUCAGUCUAAAGACGGCCGAAGUGGAGUUGCCGGGUGAAUUCCUUUUACCCAAACACACGCAUUAUCACGUGAGAAUCGCGCGUUUCAUGCCACGCGUGGAGAUCGUACAGAAGCACAAUACGUACGCACGGAGGUUGUACAUACGCGGACACAACGGAAAGAUAUACCCGUAUCUUGUGGUCAACGAUUCGGGGUUAGGAGACGCGAGAAGAGAAGAGAGAGUCCUCCAACUGUUGAGGAUGUUGAACCACUACCUCGGAAAGCAGAAAGAGACUUCUAGAAGGUUCCUUCACUUCACGGUACCGAGAGUUGUGUCUGUGUCGCCGCAAAUGCGUUUGGUCGAGGAUAAUCCUAGCUCUCUAUCUCUUUUGGAUAUUUAUAGGACCGAAUGUGCUAACAGGGGCUUGGAAUACGACGCACCAGUAGCGCGUUACUACGAGCGACUGGCUGCUGUUCAGGCGAGAGGAUCGCAAGCCUCACACCAAGUACUCAGGGAUAUACUAAGAGAGGUGCAAGCGACUAUGGUUCCUCGCGGAAUGCUCCGCGAAUGGGCAGCAGCUACCUUCCCAGCACCCACGGACUAUUGGACCUUCCGCAAGAUGAUGACGCUGCAACUGUCUCUGGCUAGCUUCGCGGAAUACGUCCUGCAUUUGACAAGGCUGAACCCGGAUAUGCUUUAUGUGCACCAGGACUCGGGGCUUCUUAACGUGUCGUACUUUAAGUUCGACGUUGACGACACAACUGGAGAGUUGGACGGUAACCGUCCAGUACCAUUCCGCCUGACGCCAAAUAUCGCAGAAUUGCUGACUAAUAUCGGAAUAACUGGACCCCUUACUGCUUCUGCAAUUGCUGUCGCCAGAUGCCUUGUUACACCUAACUUUAAGAUACAAUCGAUCCUACGGACGAUAUUACGUGACGAAAUGGUGACCGGAUACCGUAAACGUAUAGAAGAUAAGUCGGGAGUGCCGACACCCGGCACUUCGACCGACAACAAAUCCACGGAAAUUGACAAUGAGACCAUUGUUAAUAUGGUUAACAAGGCUGUCACUAUGAUUAUGAACCGUUUGAACUCUCUUGCCUUGUUCGACGGACCCGAUAGCAAAGUCGCAACCUUAGUCACAGCCGCCAACAGCCAUGACAAUCUGUGUCGUAUGGACCCGGCGUGGCACCCCUGGCUAUAA